AUGCCAAUUUUAGACAAAAAACUUGAGAGGGGUGAAUGUGAAAGGAGAAGCAGUGAAAAUAUGUUAGUGGUUAAAUGGAAUGAUUGGCGAGAUGUCACUAUGCUGACUACACUACACGAGAAUAAAAUGGUCAGUCUUCCAAAGAAGGAUAGGGUCACAAAUGAAAACCUUCAGAAGCCAUUAUGUGUCUUGGAGUAUAACAACCAAAUGGGAGCUGUCGACCGAAGUGAUAUGAUGAUCAGCAGCACUGAUUCAAGGCGCAAAAGCAUUAAAUGGUAUAAAAAAUUAUUUUUUCAUACCAUUGAUAUAAGCUUAUUGAAUGCUCAUGCCAUGUAUUUGACACAAAGUUCAGCAAAAGUUCCACUGGCCACAUUUCAACUUGCAGUGAUUAGGCAGUUGUUGGAAAGGCUUCAAAAAAGAGCUUCGAGAUCUGUUCACCUGGAUCUUAGAAAUAAAAGACUCACACAAAGAUAUUUUCCCGAUCUGGUUACAGUCAGGGAAGGCAGCAAAUCGGCCUAUAGGAGAGGCUAUGUUGAUGACACAACAGAUAUAACUCAGUGCUCUCAGUGCUCAAUUAUUAUAUGGCUUGUCAAUUUAGAAGGCUUAUUAGUAGAAAGGUUUCUGGGAUUUAAUGACGUUAGCUCUGAUAGAAUUGCAGAAAACUUAUUUUCUGUAUUGGACAACAUUUUCGAUAAAUUUGACUAUACGAAUAAAUUAGUAGGACAGUGUUAUGACGGAGCCAGCGUGAUGGCAGGACAUCUCAAUGGACUUCAACACAAGGUUAAAGAAAAGGCGCCCAAAGCUAUAUUUGUUCAUUGCCUUGCUCACCGGCUUAAUCUAGUGUUGCAACAAAGCUUUAAAAAAAUCUGUGCACGCUUCCUCCCGCGAGAGACGGGCUUUUUGAUCGGUACCAUCGUACGAUACGCAUCGAAACGUAGAAUAGCGUGUGUGUUGAGAAAACUGGCCGGCCAACCAUCUAAUCUACAGUUCUACAGUAUACCAAUUCAUCGAGUGUCAGUUACCAUCAUGUCUACAAAUCAGCCAGUAGCAGCUAAAUUAAUAAAGAAGCGUCAGUCCUAUAUUAAACGCUUAGAAGCCAUAUAUAAUUUGGCUAUUGAGUGUCAAAACCAUCCUUCCAAGUUGAAUUUACUGAGAGCCCGCGCUGAGGAUUUCCCUAGUAUUUGUUCUUCUUUUGAGACUUUGCAUUUAGACAUUUUAGCUUGCUCUGAUGAUGACAAACAGGAUGAGCAACAUUCUCUUGGAAAUACCUUUGAUGAAAUGAAAUAUGUUGUUCAUUCCUUGCUUCGAGAGUUACUCCCUCCAGUAGAUGUUGUACCAAAAAGUGGCUGCAAAAGCAACAAUCACUCCUUUAGUGAAUUGCCAAGUGAUGAUCAUGAUCAUGAUCUUGACCUACCUAGAAUUAAAGUCCCUGUCUUUUCUGGGAACAGAAGAGACUGGCCUGCCUUUUAUGAUCUAUUUCGAACCCUUGUCCAUGAGAAAAGAUCCCUUUCUGAUAUACAAAGAUUCCAACAUCUCCAAAUGGCUGUUCAAGGCGAAGCAGCUGAGCUUAUUAGAAACAUUGCCUUAACUGAAGCUAAUUAUCCUGUGGCUUUUAAUGCUUUAAUUAAGCGUUUUGAGAAUAAGAGAGCCCUAGCAACUGACUAUUGGCAAGCUAUAUAUAAUGCACCUCCAGCCAAAACUCACUCUGCCGGUGAUCUGAGAAGACUUAUCACUACCUUUUCCCAAAAUAUGGAGGCUUUAAAUUCCUUGCAAGGAAUUGAUUUGUGGGAUUUUACCAAAUUAAAUUUGCUAUUGCAAAAAAUUGACCCUUCCUUAAAAACCCGAUUUGAAAUUGAAUGCAGUGAUAAACCCAUUCCCAGAUAUGGAGAUUUAACUAGAUUUUUAAACAAAACAUGUAAAGCCUUGGAAAAUAGUGUCCUUCUUAAUGAACCCAAAGUAGUAUCUCAAUCCAAUUCGAAACAAAAGGAAUCUUAUGACCCUAAUAGAUCUAAAAGAGUGGUUCCAACCAAAGCUUAUAUGACCAAUACCGAGCAGAAAUGUUUGUUCUGCAACCUGAGUUCACACCCCCUUGUAAAGUGUACCAAGUUUAUUGAAGCAGAGGUUUCAGCAAGAUAUUCCUUUAUUAAACAGCAGCAUAUGUGUUUCAAUUGUUUCUCCAGGACUCAUAGUGUUCCUAGAUGUCUUGGAACCAAGGUUUGUAAAAUUUGUUCCAAGAAACACCAUACUUUGCUGCACUUCCAACCUAUCAAUGAUGUUCCCAAUGUUAGUGAAGUCAAGGAACCCCCUACUGUUAAUGCCACUUCUGUAGUGCCUUGCUUGACAAGUGUGCUUUCCCAUGAAGAACCUACUUUGUUUGCUACAGCUGAAAUAUCAGUGUACAAUAUUUCUCAAGAUUUGUUUCCUUGUCGUGCUAUGCUUGACUGUGCUAGUGUGGCUAAUUUUGUGACCUUAUCUUGUGUACAGCAACUUGCUCUACCCAUUACACCUAGCCAAAUUCCUAUUCAAGGCAUAAACAAUAUGUCUACAGCUUCGUCAUUAGGUACAGUUAAGCUAAAGGUUUUGUCCACAACUGGCCCAUGUUUGGAAUUUGAAGCAAUUGUUGUGCAUUCCAUUUGUGAAAAUACCCCAACCUUUCCAAUUAAUCCCUCCAAGUGGAAACAUUUGAGAGGUCUUGAAUUAGCCGACAAGAAUUUUGCUGUACCCCAUGGUAUAGAUUUGCUCCUAGGUGUUCCUUUGUUUUCUGAGAUUAUUCUCCCAGGUUUUAGGAAAAGUAUCAAUGGUAGUCCAUGUGCUAUUAAAACCAUAUUUGGAUGGAUUUUAAUAGGUGGCAAUAAUACUCCCACUAAUGAAUUUGUGUCAUUGUGUACCUAUGUGCCAAGUACCAUCCCAGUUGAAAGUCCUCUUGAUAUCAAUUUGCAUAAAUUUUGGGAGCUUGAGGAUGUUCCAGAUAAGGUUCUCUUGAGUCCUGAGGAACAGAGAUGUGAAGAUUUCUUUGUUUCCACUUGUUCUCAAAAACCUGAUGGACGCUAUGUAGUGCGUCUUCCCUUUAAGCAACCAGACAUUGACUUGGGUGAUACCAGACAUCAAGCCUUGAGACGUUUCAAUUUGUUGGAGAACAGAUUGAUUAGAAAUCCAAGUCUUCGAAGCUUGUAUAACGAUUUUAUGCAAGAUUAUUUGGAUCAAAACCACAUGAUACCCUGUACUUCCGCUGACAAUCUUUCAUAUUAUUUUCCUCACCAUUGUGUUGUCAAAGAUGACAGUGGAACUACUAAAAUUAGAGUUGUAUUUGACGGAUCCUCAAAAGGCUCUAAUAACCUUAGCUUAAAUGAUGUUUUAUUGCCAGGUCCAAAACUCCAAAACGAUAUUGUUACCAUUUUGUUAACCUUUAGAUUUUUCCCCAUUGUGUUUAGCACCGAUAUUCGCCAAAUGUAUAGAAUGAUCGGCAUCCAUGAACAAGAUUUAAAAUACCAAAAGAUUUUAUGGAGGUUUGAUCCUUCAAACCCUAUUCAAGAAUAUACCUUGUGUACUGUCACUUAUGGUCUAAAUUGUAGUCCAUAUUUGGCAAUCCGAACCUUACACCAAUUAGCCAAGGAUUAUGGAAAAGAAUUCCCCCUUGCUCGUGACAUUCUUUUAAAGUCAACUUACGUGGAUGAUAUAAUUGGACUUGGUCAUUCAGUUAAAGGAAUCUUAGAACUUCAGAAGCAAUUAACAGAUUUACUCUUUUGUGGUGGGUUUGAGCUUCGAAAGUGGACCUCUAAUUGUAAGGAGUUGUUAUCCCUAGUGCCUGAAUCACAUCAACACAAUAUCUCCUUUAAUGACAAUGCCAAUUGUACCUUAAAAAUUCUGGGGUUACAGUGGAACCCAGUGUUAGAUGUAUUUUCCUAUUCAGUAAAACCAAUCGCGCGUGAGUGCACCAAAAGAGUUAUCUUGUCCGAAAUAGCCAAGAUUUAUGAUCCAUUAGGGUUUGUAGCUCCAGUUGUAUUAGUUGCCAAGUGCCUUAUUCAGCGUCUUUGGAUUCAAGGCGUUGGAUGGGAUGAAGUUCCUACUUCAGAUGUCGUUAGCCAAUGGCAAGUGUAUGUCUCCCAACUUCCUUUAUUAUCCUCAUUUGCGAUUCCACGUCACGUAACUAUUUCUGAUGCUGUUUGCACUGAAUUACAUGGUUAUUGUGAUGCAUCUUUGUUAGCCUAUGGUGGUGUCUUAUACAUGAGACAAAUUGAUUCUGAAGGUAACGUACAUGUAAAUUUACUAUGCGCAAAAAGUAAGGUGUGUCCUUUAAAGGUUCUAUCCGUUCCCCGAUUGGAGACAUGUGCAGCCUUGCUUCUUUCCAAUUUGAUGCAUUUUGUGAUUACCAAUUCUCCCAUUAAAUUUGACAGAAUCUAUGCUUGGUCUGACUCCAGUGUAGCCUUGUAUUGGAUUAAAAGUCAUCCUUCCCGGCUUAAGACUUUUGUAGCCAAUCGUGUUCAGCAGAUCCAAGAUAGAAUUCCUCCCAAUAGGUGGUUUCACAUCAGUGGUGUAGGAAACCCUGCUGAUUGCCUUUCUCGUAGUUUGUUGCCCAAGCAAUUGCUUGACCAUCCGUUAUGGUUCAAUGGCCCCCCAUGGUUAAAGUUGUCUCACGAACUCUGGCCAACCCCUUUAGAGUUCGAUCCAAAGGAUAAUCCGAUUGCGCUUUAA